GGAAUCUUUGUGUUUGGAAGAAAGAAGAUGAUAGAAGUGGUGUUGAACGACAGGCUAGGGAAGAAGGUGCGGGUGAAGUGCAACGAGGACGAUACCAUCGGCGACCUCAAGAAGCUCGUUGCCGCCCAGACCGGAACCCGACCGGACAAGAUCCGAAUCCAGAAGUGGUACACCAUCUACAAGGAUCACAUCACCCUCAAAGACUACGAGAUUCAUGACGGAAUGGGCCUCGAGCUCUACUACAACUAAUCCCUCCCUUCGUUUUUGUGUAAUGGCUAGGAUCCCUUAUAAACAAGGGUUAAGAAAAUAUCUCCAUUCCCUUGGAUCUUGACUUUCUUUGUGUUGAAACAUUCUGUUUGUUGGUUGACACACGACUCUGUUCGCUGAACUUCGGAAAGCAGUCUUUGCAAUGUUAUUUCAGAACUGAAAUCCCGCUCUGGUGUUGAGGGAUAGUGCGUUGUUUUAAACCCUGUUUGGUGUGCUUAUUUGAUCGAUGAGAAUUAAAUUCUAACAAUUUGUUGUUCUCAGC